UUCGCCAGGCGGAACAAUCUGGACAACUACUGGGCUUGAUUCGUCUCGUCACCGGGGUGGGACGAAUCGUCGCUCGCGGGUGCAUCUAUCGACGGGAACCGCGGCGACGAAGCGAUCGUCUUCACGCCAGUCGAGCGUGCUGCACACCGGUCGUUCCGAGGGUAACAACUGACAAGAUGAAGAUGGCGGACGGACCCACGAUCCUGCGGAGAAACAGACCCGGAACGAAAGCAGAGGAUUUUAGUAGGUGGCCGGAUGAACCGUUCGAAGAGAUGGAUAGCACGCUGGCCGUGCAACAGUACAUUCAACAAAUGAUUAGAAGAGAUCCGUCUAAUAUCGAUUUGAUACUUAAUAUGCCAGAGGCCAAUGAUGAGGGCGUCUGGAAAUACGAACAUCUCAGGCAGUUCUGCAUGGAGCUCAACGGUUUGGCAGUUAGAUUACAAGAAGAGUGUCAUCCUGAGACUUGUACACAGAUGACAGCCACGGAACAGUGGAUAUUUUUAUGCGCCGCACAUAAAACUCCCAAGGAGUGUCCUGCAAUUGAUUACACGCGACACACACUGGAUGGAGCAGCUUGUCUACUUAACAGCAACAAAUAUUUUCCCAGCAGAAUCAGCAUCAAAGAAUCUUCAGUAGCAAAACUUGGCUCUGUCUGCCGUAGGGUUUACAGAAUAUUUUCUCACGCAUACUUCCAUCAUAGAACAAUAUUCGAUGAAUUUGAAAAUGAAACUUUCCUUUGCCGCAGGUUUACGGCAUUCGUGACGAAAUAUAAUCUGAUGUCAAAGGACAAUUUAAUAGUACCUAUUAUGGAAGGUGAAAGCGCAACAGAAAGUGAAGCAUAGGAUUUAACGUUGCGAUCGUUUUGCCCAAAGUCGAAUUACCAGAUUUAGU